AUGGAUGCGGCAGAGGACAGGGAGGUUAAGCUCCAGCGCGCCUCUGGAGACCUCGUCCAAGAGUUUUCCGAGAAGCUACCGUCUCUCCUUUGGAAGACUCGACCCGAACAGCCAAACACCCGCAUUCCACGGAGAUGGACCCCCGCCGCAAAAACAGAAAGACUCGUCGGCCUGUUGGAGCCCUUUCAGGAGUGGCCGCAGCUGCUGGACCCCCACCUGCAGACCCUUCUACCCCCUUUACCUGCAGGAUUGCAAGGCCAGAAGACGGCAUAUCCUCUCCCAAGAGCGAUCUGUAGGCUGCUUUAUACCUUUUGCAAAGUCCGUGGAGUCAAAGUCAUCAGUAGGUUCUUGAACAAUGAGCCCAAGUAUCUUGAUCCGCUCCUCCGGGCUUUCGUUGAAUGGGAUGCUGUCAAAGAUGAACCUGAGCUUGGCCUUGGGGACAUUCCCCUGCGACUGGUCUGGGAAGAGCGCUACGUGAUGCUGAUUUGGCUUUCACACUUGUUACUUGCCCCCUUCGACCUGGCUUCGAUGUCGUCGGAUGAUAUCCCGGUUCCUUAUGACAACCUCGGCACAUUAAAACAGAUGCCGACCCAGACACCAAUGGUUGCUAAAUCUCUACUUUCCUUGGCGUUGAAUUAUGUUAACGUCUCGGGCAAAGAACGGGAAGCCGCUACCAUUGUCCUGGCACGACUGGUGCUUCGGCGUGAUAUGCAGGCGCUUGGGCUUUUGACUAACCUGACAGACUGGGCGUUUUCGCUUGUUCAGCCUGCAGGUAGUUCUGAUCCCCCUUCAGUCUACACGUGUAUUGGCGUGUUGUCUUUCAUUGCUCGCUUGGGUGCGUCCGGUCAGGUGGAUGACUUUGCUCCCCUGGUGUCGCCCGUCUUUGGACAGACGCUGCAAAUUCUGCAGGGCAACUCGGCGGUCUCUGACGUUAUCAAGUCUUCUGCUCUGGCACGGAAAACUAUCAUCAAAAUCUUGCGUACUGUAACAGUCAUGGCCUUGUCUCUCAGUGAGAGGGAAGACAAUGCAAUCUCGGACGACCAGGUUUCUACAAUUUUGGAGGAUGCAAUUGAUCACUUCCUCGUAGCACUUGCUGAUAAGGAUACCCCUGUGCGCUUCGCAGCGAGCAAGGCCCUGAGUAUCAUUACUUUGAAGCUGGAUCCAGAUAUGGCCGUGGAAGUCAUCGAGGCUGUUACCGGCUCAUUGGAGGAGAACAUUCUGUAUGAGAAGCCGGACGGUACCAUCGGUCUGAUCCUUACGCUCGGCCAUCUCCUGUUUCGCCGGGCGCCUCCUACCCAUCAACUUGGCGAUGUGCUUCAACCACUUGUUUCGGGUCUUGACUUCGAACAACGGUCAUCAACUGGAAGCUCUGUUGGAACAGGCGUGCGCGAUGCCUCGUGUUUCGGAAUUUGGGCGCUGUCCCGCAAGUAUACCACCCAGGAACUGCUUGCCUUGAAACCGCAGACAAUCAGCACUGCCGCAGCCCAAGGUGAAGGAGAGAGCACAUUGCAGAUGCUGGCAAUUGAGCUGGUGUGUGCCGCGUGCGUCGAUCCGUCUGGAAACAUUCGGAGAGGUGCUUCUGCAGCACUGCAAGAGCUCAUUGGGCGUCACCCCAACACAAUUGCCGAAGGUAUAUCGCUUGUGCAGGUUGUGGAUUACCAUGCGGUUGCUCGGCGCUCGCGGGCAAUGAUCGAUGUUGCUAACGCUACCGCUGCUCUCAGCCUCCAUUACUGGAGCCCCCUUGUCGAAUCAUUGAUGCACUGGCGAGGUAUUGGCUCGCCAGAUGCAGAGUCCCGCAGGCAUGCAGCCAAAGCGAUCGGAGUUUUGAGUACGCAGCAGUCAUACAAAACAAUGGAACAAGUGUUCCAGCGGCUGCUGAAUAGGUUAUCCAGUAUCCCACAUAGUGACGUGGAGACUCGACAUGGCUGUCUUUUGGCCAUUGCGGCUACGGUUGACGCAUUCAACGCCCAGCGUGAGAGGGAUCCCGGAAAUGCAUCGGACGCAACGAGUGUCGCGCACCAUGUGGUCAAGGCCUGGGAGAUAUUUGGCUCUUCGCUCGGGCCAACCAAAGAUGACCUCACCCUUCAGACUUUCCGGCCCGAGCUGACAGCAGAGGCUUCUUCUCAGUUGAUCUGCUCUCUUGCCAAAUCAGUUGCUCUGGCACGUGAACCGCGAAUCUCUCAACCCUCAGUGGAUUUGCUUACCAAGGCCCAAGAAACACUCUUGCUAUGCAUAUCACGGAGCGAGGACACCUCUAUCGAGAGCUCAUCCAAUGCAGUAUCCGAGCUUCUACCUCUUUUGCCACUUGACGAACAGGACAAGAUGAUCCAGGGGUGGUUUUCACACAUUCAUACUACUUGGAACCUGCCAACGGGUCGCGGUCAGAUCACGGCCCUGGGUACGGUGUUCAAACGGAUUGACAAGAAUAGUCCUCUCAGAAAAUCUAUUAUAGACAGCAUCAUAGAAUGCGCAGAAAAAGAAGAACUAAUCGAGAAGAGAGUGGCCGCUGUCAGGAGCUUGGCUACCGGUAUUCUGCCGCAUAUAGAUGUAACCGAUGACAUUAUGAAUCACCUCGUCCGGUUCCUAAAUGAUUAUACAACCGAUAGGCGAGGAGAUAUCGGGUCUUUGAUACGGCUUGAAGCGAUUCAGGCCGCAAAGUCUGUCCUAGAUGCAGGAUCGAGACUCACCAAUCAAGUACAUGGGGUGCAAAAUAUCAUUGGGUGCCUUUGCCGACUUGCAGCGGAAAAGCUCGACAAAGUACGUGUGCAAGCUUGGAUUUGUCUUCAGGGUUACUGGGAAACAGCCAAUGGCUUCCCCCCGUUGAUUAGUCAUGUAUCAUCAGCGGAGUAUCUGCUGCAACUGCUCCAGUUGCAGAGUAUUGAUUGGCUGCGCCAGCCUCUGUUUCAAGGCCUUGCAACUUCUGCCGUUGCGGGUAGCGAAGGACUGAUUCGGUCAUCUCGCUCAGCUCUGGUACAGGGUAUCCAAGAAGCAGAGGAUCCACAGACUGCAGUAUUGGCCAUAAUCAAGGACUUGGCCGCCAUAUUGGGCGAAUAUCUUCAGGAUGAUCGAUUCGCGAUCCCUGUGCUCGAGCUCUUAGCAUUCCUACUGGAUAGCUUUGUUUUUUCUGUGCCCGAUGACUCGGCCUCAAGUCUGCGGAAGCUAUUCGUCCUCAUCCAAAGAGCCCACUUUAAGUCGUCAAACAUUGCCCGACUCGAAGCGGCAGUCCGAGCUUAUGCGCCUUUAUCGAGGAUAGAGCAGCUACAUACGGAAGUGAUCAAGAAAAUGACGGCGCUGUUGCUGCAUCCGUUCCCUAGGGUGAGUCUUACGAUUCUUUCUGCGGCGUGUACGGCUAACCAGAGCAGGUACGCAACACUGUGGCCGAGUAUAUAUUCAUGGAGACGGGGAUUGAAGUAG